GCCUGUGGCGCGCAGAGAUGCAGCGCCGAUGCCGGGGCACCUGGAGCACCGCAGCGGCGGUGGCUUGAGUCUGGGCCUCGGGCGGCCCGGCCCCCCGCCCCAGCCAUGGAGGACGGCGGGCCCCGCAUCCGCCGGCGGGUGUCCGUCCGCAAGAGGAGCCGCGGCAGCCUAGAGAGCCUGCGUGCCGCCCCCGCCGCGGCCGAGCUCCAGCCCGCCGGGGACCCGGAGGACGAAGCGGCGGCCGGGAGCCGCCGGCGGAAAACCGGGAGCCCGGAGCCCGCCCAGGAAAACGACAGCGAAGAGGACAUGUUCAGUGACUAUGAUAGCUUUGCAGAAAAUUCCUUUUUAGCCCAAGUUGAUGACCUAGAGCAGAAGUGUAUGCAGCCGCCUGAACACAGGACACUUGCUACCGACUCUGCUACCCAAGAUGUUUGUUCAGACGGCAUCAAAAACAAACUUGGCGUUUCCGACUCUGAGAAUAAUAAGUGUAUAACGAACCAGAGUGAUCCAGAUGUCCCUGCUGGAUCUGAACCUGAAAAUGAGCUUUUAUUUGAUGUGCCUUCUUCUCAGAUUUUAUACUUUGAAAGUAUGCAGAACUCUUCAAAUGAUUUGGGUGGUCAGUGUACUAAGGAAAGAGGCGGGAACUCACAUAAAUCAUCAAAUGAAGAACCAGCCUGUAGCCGGAAAGAGCAACCGCAGCAGCAAACUGAUGACUUCUCCAAAGUCAGAGCUUCUGCGGAGACCAACAGGAGGAAGAGCAUUACGGACCACCUAAAAAGUGCUAUGACUGGGAAUGCCACCGCCCAGACCCCAGUGUUUUCUAGGAGUAAGCAACUCAGAGAGACUCUCCUGUCUGAGGAAAUCAGUGUUGCCAGAAAAGCAAUCGAGUCACCGUCUGAUGAUCUCGGUCCUUUUUAUUCUCUCCCGAGCAAAGUGAGAGACCUUUAUGCUCAGUUGAAAGGAAUCAAAAAACUAUAUGACUGGCAGCAUACUUGUUUAACAUUAAGUUCUGUGCAAGAAAGAAAAAAUUUAAUAUAUUCCUUGCCGACGAGUGGUGGGAAAACCCUCGUGGCUGAGAUUUUAAUGCUACAAGAACUGCUCUGCCGACAGAAAGAUGUCUUAAUGAUUCUUCCAUAUGUGGCCAUUGUCCAAGAAAAGAUUUCCAGUUUAUCAAGUUUUGGUAUAGAACUUGGUUUCUUUGUUGAAGAAUAUGCUGGAAGCAAAGGAAGAUUUCCUCCCACUAAAAGGAGGGAAAAGAAAUCGCUGUAUAUCGCCACUAUUGAGAAAGGGCAUAGCCUGGUGAACGCCUUGAUCGAAGCCGGAAGGAUCAGCACGCUGGGUCUGGUUGUCGUUGAUGAGUUGCACAUGAUCGGUGAAGGGGGCCGUGGUGCCAUACUGGAGAUGACCCUGGCCAAAGUCCUCUACACCAGCAAAACAACUCAGAUUAUUGGCAUGAGUGCAACGUUAAACAAUGUUGAGGACCUCCAGGAGUUCCUUCAAGCCGAAUAUUACACCAGUCAGUUCAGACCAGUUGAACUAAAAGAAUACCUGAAAGUAAAUGACACGAUCUAUGAGGUGGACAGCAGAGCUGCGGAUGGCAUGACCUUCUCGCGUCUCCUUAAUUAUAAGUAUUCUGAUACCCUGAAAAGGAUGGAUCCUGAUCACUUGGUAGCCUUGGUGACAGAAGUUAUCCCCACCUACUCGUGCCUAGUUUUUUGUCCCAGUAAGAAGAACUGUGAAAAUGUAGCAGAAAUGUUGUGCAAAUUUUUAAGCAAGGAUUAUCUAAACCACAGAGAGAAGGAAAAAUGUGAAGUGAUUAAAAACUUGAGGAACGUGGGCGGUGGUAAAGUGUGCCCUGUCUUGAAGCGCACCAUCCCCUUCGGAGUUGCCUAUCACCACAGUCUAACUAGUGAUGAACGGAAGCUUCUGGAAGAGGCCUACUCCACGGGCGUGCUCUGCCUUUUCACCUGCACAUCCACCCUGGCAGCUGGGGUCAAUCUCCCAGCACGCAGAGUCAUCUUAAGAGCCCCCUAUGUGGCUCGAGAGUUCUUGAGGAGGAAUCAGUAUAAGCAGAUGAUUGGCAGGGCUGGCCGGGCUGGGAUCGACACCGUUGGCGAGAGUAUUCUUCUACUGCAAGAAAAAGACAAGCAACAGGUCCUGGAACUGAUAAACGGACCCCUGGAAAACUGCUACAGCCAUCUUGUUGAGGAAUUCACCAAAGGAAUCCAGAGUUUGUUUCUGUCUUUAAUUGGUUUGAAGAUCGCAACAAGUCUUGGUGAUAUAUAUCAGUUUAUGAAUGGUACAUUUUUCGGUGUUCAGCAGAAGAUUUUAUUGAAAGAGAAAAGCCUCUGGGAAAUAACUGUUGAGUCACUUGGCUGCCUGACAGAGAAAGGGCUUCUGCACAGAGACAGCCGCGGUGCCUCUGAGGAGUUACAGUGUCCUUUCCGUAUUACAAGGCUGGGCCAAGCUUCUUUGAAGGGGGCCAUUGAUCUGGCCUAUUGUGACACUCUGUAUAGAGACUUGAAGAAAGGGCUUGAAGGACUUGUACUGGAAAGCCUUCUCCAUCUGGUCUACCUAAACCCCUACGACCUCGUUGCCCAGACCGAGCCUGACUGGAUGGUGUACUUCAGGCAGUUCAGUCAGCUCAGUCCAGCAGAGCAAAAUGUGGCUGCUCUUCUUGGAGUCUCUGAAAGCUUCAUUGGGAAGAAGGCAUCGGGGCAGGCCAUCAGGAAGGAGCUGGAGGAAUUUUGGGUUUACAGAGCCCUGUUCGUAGAACUUACCAAGAAACUGACGUACUGCGCGAAGGCGGAGCUAAUCCCGCUCAUGGAGGUGACCGGGGUCCUAGAGGGUCGAGCAAAACAGUUAUACAGUGCAGGAUACAAAAGCGUAAUGCACUUAGCCAAUGCCGAUCCAGAAGUGCUAGUGAGGACGAUUGAUCAUCUGUCCAGACGCCAGGCCAAGCAGAUUGUUUCCUCAGCAAAGAUGCUGUUACAUGAAAAGGCCGAGGCUUUGCAAGAAGAAGCUGAAGAAUUACUGAGAUUACCUCCAGACCUCCCCGGGCUGGGGGCGGCCAACACUGACAAGGCAGGAAGCCGUGCUGGGGACACAGCUCUGUGGUAGGGCGUUUGCCUGACAUGCCUGAGGUAAACCCUCAGUACCUCCAAGAAAGAAGAAAAAGCUGAAGGGUUAUAAGUUGGCCUGGUGGUGAACACCUGCAAUUCCAGCACUUGGGAGGAAGAGGAAGGAGAUUGAAUGUUAAAAGUCAUCUUCAACUACAUAGAGAGUUGGAGGCCAGUCUGAGCUACAGGAGUCCCUGUCUCAAAAAAAAGCAUGAAGCUGUCUGAUGUAUGUUUUCAAAUUUGACUUAUUUAUUAUACAUGUGUCUUAUUAUUGAAGAUUCUGUCUAUAAAUGAAAUACGUAUUUUAGUUAUACAAUAAAGACUGUGGAUGAACUUUAA